AUGCCGUCUGAUCGCGUCCCCUCCGGGGAUGGCUUCAACAACCCCUACGGGAAUACCACCCUUGUCGGUAACUGGUUGGAGGACCGCCUGCAGCAGCGUAUCGUGCACAAGCGCCGCGGCGGAGCGGCGGCGACAUGGUGCGCACAGGGCAUCUUUGAGGACCCGGCGGUGACGAUGGCGCGGCACCCGGCAGAGGCGCAGGCGGCCCUCUUGCACAGCACCUACGACGUCGACUACGGACAUCGGCCGGGAAGGACGCAGCGGACCGCCAGUGGUGGCGUGGACAACUCUGCUGCCGCCUCCACCCUGAUGCGCGGUAGCAAGCACAACGCCAACGCGGCGGGCCCUGGCAGUGCUUCGUCCACGGCCAAGGGCGGUAUCGAUAAGGUGCUUCUCUUCUCCAUCGACCCCGUCGCGGACCCAGCAGCGCCGCUGCCGCUCUCCACCAACGCCGACACGUACGGCGCCUUCUACUACGGAAACGACAACGGCUCGGUCGACAACAACGGGGCGCGGCACGCGGGCUCGGCAACGGGCGCCACCACGUCCUCGCCGGCUGACCAGGGGGACGGCGGGGCCACUGCGCCACCCGCUGACGCGGAUCGUAACUUGUACGACAGCGUGUCACGCGCAGUAGCCGCUGCCGCUGCACCGUCCUCCAGCUUUCGUAUGCCCAGGGCUCCGAUGCAGCGGGGUGCCAAUGCCGACGCCACGUUUUCGUCGUCGCCGGUCCCGCGGCGCCACAUGCUCAGCCUCGGGGUAGCGACGACAAGCACGUUUGGCCACACAGGAUGGACGCUCGCGUCCUCCUCCGCUACCUCAGCAGCUGAUCACGUAGGCGCGGCCCCGUGGCGACCGCUCCAGCGACACCGGCUGCCGAACAAGGACAGCAUGGACGACGAGCGUUGGUGCUCAUCGAAGCAAGCCGCCGACACGCCGGUAGAGCACUUCACACUGCAGCAGCGCCUGCCGCCAGUGCGCAUGUGA